GGAGAAAACGACGCCCAGGAAAUUUUACCCAGAACUCAAAACCCUAGGGCUUUCAAUCUCUAGGGUUUCACUCGAUUUUUAAUUUUGCAGUUCGCUUUUUAAUUUUAGUUUUCCAUCUAUGGAUACCGAGGAAGAAGAGGCUCGCCACUUCUCCAAUGUUGAUUCCUCUGUUAAAUUGGAAGAUGCUCCGGCGACUAUAGCUACGGACUCCGAGUUGCAGAAUCAAUACACUGAGCCACGUUCCGAGCUCGAGUCUGCUCCGUCGGCGGUGUCUCCUGUUGCUGAAAAGGAGGGGGUUGUUGAUGUGGAAGUGGCGGUUGGUGGUGAAGAUUUGAUAGUUGGAGAGGAGAAGGACGGGAUGUUGGGUUCUGGUGUUGAAAUGAAAGAUUCGUAUCCGGUUGAUGGUAAUAAGGAAGGUGGUGACGGAGAGGAUAGUCACAUGGAAGGGGAGAGAGCUGAAUUCGUGGAGGAUGAGACAGUGGAUGAUGCGAUGGACGAAACGGAGGAUGCGGGUAAUGUGUCGGAUGAAAGAUUGACGGCGGAAGGAAUUGACGUUCCUCCGGCGAGGCAACAAGUUGCUGAGCUGGCUCAGGUGGAGCAAAAGGUGACUGAUGAUGUGGCUGACGUGGCGAAUGAAAGAAGGACUGAUGAGGCGACAGAAAAAAAUUGGUCAAGGAAGAAACAAGCGUGGCCGUAGAAGUGACUGAUUCAA